AUCUUAACCGGAAGUGAGCAGAGAAGUCAACAUGGGGACUCGUUUGAAGGUCUUACAAGUGUUUAAAGCGCUUCACAGGACAAGACUUUCUGUAUUCAAAAAUGAUGACGUUGCAUUAUCAGCUGCAAGGUUAAAAAUCAAUGAAGAGUUUCGCAAAAACAAAAAUGAAACUUCAGAAGAAAAUAUUAAAAAGAUGAUCAAAAUGGGUUCAGAUGUGGAAAUUGUUUUGCGAGAGACUGUACUUCAGAUGGAACAUGUUGGAGAGAAAACACUUUUGCUACGACCCAGAGAAAGUCUUCUUCUAGAAAAUGUACCUUACUGUGACCAGCCCAGAAAAAAGUCCUGACUGUACCAGUUAUUUGUCAUCAAAAAGAGAGAGACUAUCAAUCAUUGGCACUCAUUUAACUACAUGUGAAGCUUUUCUCGCUCCCCAUCUUGAAGCCUGUGAUCACUACCGAGAGAAAUGCUUGCUUGUGUUUCACCGAAGAUCUCAGCUUUUUUUUUUUUUUUUUCAUUUUUCUUCUGUAAUAAGACUGCAGUGUUACCUGGAACUGUUAUGAUUUCAUGUACAGUAUGAUAUUAAAUGUGCUGUAAAUGUUUUUCAUCAAAUUUGGAAGUGUUCUCCCUUUUUUCUGUAGUACUUAAUGACUCAGUUGACCUGAGGCGUAACACAUUUUAUUGCAACUGAAAAUGUUCUCAUUGUGCCCUGAUUAAAUAAUAGCAUUCCAUGAGCACCAAA